AUGCUCAGAAAUACGCUAAAAUGUGCCCAAUUGUCGUCUAAAUACGGAUUUAAAACUACUACACGUACAUUCAUGACUACUCAACCCCAGCUAAAUGUCACCGACGCACCACCUGUGCUAUUUACCGUUCAAGAUACAGCUAGAGUUAUCACGCUAAAUAGGCCCAAAAAGCUCAAUGCUUUGAACGCCGAAAUGUCAGAAUCCAUGUUCAAGACUUUGAACGAGUAUGCAAAAAGCGAUACUACAAACUUAGUCAUUUUAAAGUCAUCCAACCGACCACGUUCGUUCUGUGCUGGUGGUGAUGUAGCUACUGUGGCAAUAUUCAAUUUUAACAAAGAAUUUGCCAAGUCCAUCAAAUUUUUUACUGAUGAAUAUUCUUUGAAUUUUCAAAUAGCAACUUACUUGAAACCAAUUGUUACCUUCAUGGACGGUAUCACCAUGGGUGGCGGCGUUGGUCUAUCCAUUCACACGCCCUUUAGAAUUGCUACAGAAAACACCAAAUGGGCCAUGCCCGAGAUGGACAUUGGUUUUUUUCCAGAUGUAGGCUCAACUUUUGCUCUCCCUAGAAUCGUGACAUUGGCUAACUCAAACUCACAAAUGGCCCUGUAUCUAUGUCUUACAGGAGAAGUAGUCACAGGAGCAGACGCUUAUAUGCUCGGCUUAGCGUCUCAUUACGUCAGUAGUGAAAAUUUAGAUGCUUUGCAGAAAAGAUUAGGUGAAAUUAGCCCCCCUUUUAAUAACGAUCCACAGUCUGCAUACUUCUUCGGAAUGGUUAACGAAUCCAUCGACGAAUUCGUAUCACCAUUACCAAAAGAUUAUGUUUUCAAGUAUUCUAACGAGAAAUUAAACGUUAUUGAAGCCUGUUUUAACUUAUCUAAAAAUGGUACUAUUGAAGACAUAAUGAAUAACUUACGUCAAUAUGAAGGUUCUGCGGAAGGUAAGGCUUUCGCACAAGAAAUCAAAACGAAAUUGUUAACCAAGUCACCAUCCUCUCUUCAAAUCGCCUUGAGAUUGGUGCAAGAGAAUUCCAGAGAUCACAUAGAAUCUGCUAUCAAAAGAGACUUAUACACAGCAGCUAACAUGUGCAUGAACCAGGACUCUUUGGUGGAAUUCUCUGAAGCCACAAAGCAUAAACUUAUUGAUAAACAAAAGGUCCCGUAUCCAUGGACAAAGAAGGAACAGUUAUUUGUAUCUCAGUUGACAUCUAUCACAUCUCCUAAACCAUCGCUACCAAUGUCAUUACUAAGAAAUACCUCGAAUGUUACUUGGACUCAAUAUCCCUACCAUUCUAAAUACCAAUUGCCUACAGAACAGGAAAUCGCUGCGUAUAUUGAAAAGAGAACGAAUGAUGACACUGGCGCCAAAGUUACCGAAAGAGAAGUACUAAAUCACUUUGCCAAUGUGAUUUCUUCUAGAAGAGGGAAACUGGGUAUCCAAUCGCUAUGUAAAAUUGUUUGUGAAAGAAAAUGUGAAGAAGUUAACGAUGGCUUAAGAUGGAAAUAA